AACCACGCUGUCACUUACCUACUUACACCUCUCAAAUGGUGAAAGAUACAGCCGACUCUAGAAAGGCGCGUGCAAAGGCACAAGUAUCCUCGAGUAUUCCAAAGGCCGUCAAUAGUACCUCCCAUCUCCCGCCGCUCGCCCAGGGCAACGCCUCCGAAUAUGGCUCAACUUCCGAUAAGACCGAGCGCGUUCGCCAGGCGUUCCUCGCUCUCGGUGCACCAGCUAUUUCUGCAGACGAAAUGCGUAGGCUAUGCAAAGGACCGCUCGCCGAUGCCCUGCUGUUCAUGGCCGAGCACCUGAAAGGUCGGGCCGAGGUUAACCUAGCUCGACAGGCGAUCCAACAGGCACGGGAAGCAGGGCCGUCCAAUCGAGGCUCCGAUGGCCAACAGACCGAAUUCAUCAAGGUUAAACAUGCGACGGCGAGACUGAACGGAGCGAAUAAUGAUUUUAAGGAAGCGGAGGCUCAACUCAACAUUCGGUUGGAGUCAAUCCUUAAGUCACAGCGUGAAAUAGACCGGCUCCAGGUUGCCCUCGACAACAAGCGGAAAGUUCUUCUCCUGCUGCAAAUCCUCGAGAGGAAAGAGACACUCCGAAGCUCGAGGUUCAAGGAGGUUGAUCGACUGAUGGAUCAGCAUCGCGCAGACGCGUCGAAGCUCAUUGAUGAGGCUUGUAUCCCCGCCAAGGCGACAUCGGAAGUCAAACAGAAAUGGCCGACGAUGCACAUACGAGCGGAAUACACGCAGGAUGUUCUCGCCGCUUUACAGGCCUACCACAUUCGCCUAGCUCGUUCAAGCGCAUCGUCCGGUAACCAUCGUCACGGCGCCGAAGCGCAGCGAAACGCUAGCGAAGCACGCCUUCGUGCUGCAUUAGAAGGGCACUGCGACGAGGACAUCAUCGAAGAGUGCCAGAGGGUUGCACAAAAUCGUGCGGUGCAGAAUAAUCGAUACAAGUCACCUCUUCCACCCUCCCAGCCAUCGGACAUGAUAGAUGGCACGCUGCUGGAUGACAUGCAUGCCCGCAUCAGUGAGAAAGAAGAGAAACUACAACGUUUAUUGCAUCAAAUCGCUCAUCUUGAAAGCGAGUGCACUCGGAGUUGUCAAUCUCUUUCCGCCUUCGACGAGCUCACAGAGCCAGAGCUACUUCGAUCUCUGCAGGAGGAAGUGAGGGCUCUCGAAGGAUAUGUCGAUGUGUUCAGAGGUUCCAUCAUGCAAGCCGAUGCGCAAGUGCCUCACGAGCACCUGAUGGCCGAAGGGAAGUCCUGGCGACAAACAUUGCAGGACGUUCGGGCAGACAUCGAGCGAACGCACAGUACAGAUUCCUUCCUCCGGUCUACGACACUCCUCGAUCCAUCAGCUUUACAUGACCUUCGCCAAGCCGCGAAAGUUGAAGAAUCCAUUGCCACGUACCAAGCCAACCAAGCGCAGGUCAACAAUCGCAACUCAACUCUCCUCGCUCGCAAGCUCGAGAAAGCAAAGAUUGGCGAUGAACUUGGCAGGCAGAUUGAGACGCUGAUUGCGGAGAAAGAUAUUGUCGCUGCGAUGAGCGGGUCAAGCAAAUGAAACCGGGGUACUCGUGGGACAUUCCAUUUCCCGUACAAUCAACUCAGCAAGGGCAGCGGGCAGCAAUGCUCCAAGUCAACCACGCUGAGUCUCGUAUCGCGCUCUCUUGUACCCUACCAGAUGAUUACUCGUUAACUUAUCAGUGGGCAUGAGACCUCAAACACUACUUAGAGCCUCAAGAUCUCGUGGUCGGUCUGCAGCUGACUUCCAAUCUCGCGUCAAAAGCCAGUCCAUUGUACUUGACCGGUUGUGUAGCUUCCGUGAAUUGCUGUAUGUUCGGUACUCGAAGGAAGUUUCGAUGGUCCUGACGUAUCCGGCGGGGUCGUUGCAUUAAGCUUUUAGGCACUACAUGUACAGUGAAGUUGUGAUAACCUAUAGAUGGCAUUUCUGGCUCA